AUGGUCAUUGAAAAGGAAAAGGUUAUUCACUUUGUCGAUCGAAUUUUGCUAAAAUUGAUGACACGCUGGCAACGAGCAAAAUCAAUGACAUUAUUCACAGCCAAUGAAUUAGCCGAACUAUGUUUGAGAGCUCGCGAAAUGAUGUGGAAUGAGCCAAUUUGUUUGAAAAUCAAAGCGCCGAUCACAGUUGUUGGUGAUAUUCAUGGACAAUUUGAAGAUUUGCUAGCAAUGUUGGAUUCAAAUGGAUGGCCGAUCACUGAUAUAGAAAUCAAGGAAAUGAAAGAUGCUCAAAAGAAAAAUCAAUCGAAAAAGAGCAAAUCGAAAAGUAUGAAGCCACAAAAACCUCCACGAAAUUAUCUUUUUUUGGGAGAUUAUGUUGAUCGUGGCCCGUAUUCGAUGGAAGUUGUAAUUCUUCUCAUUGCAUUAAAGAUCAAAUUCCCGGACAGAAUUUAUUUGUUGCGAGGAAACCACGAAUCAAGAGCUGUCAACUCACAUUAUGGUUUUUAUCGUGAAUUGAAACAGAGAUAUUCGGUCGAACUGUAUGAAUAUUUUCAAGUGAGUUAAUCAUAAUUUAGCCAAAAAUUACGAUAAUUAAAUAUCAAAUUGUUUUGCAGAACAUGUUCAACUGCUUUCCAUUCACUGCCAUUGUAAAUGACACAAUUAUGUGUAUGCAUGGUGGAAUAAGCAGUCUUUUGGAACAUUUCGACCAAUUCUCUGCUUUCAAACGUCCACUUGAAAUCCCAGAUGUCGGAGUUUUGGCGGAUUUAACAUGGGCUGAUCCGGAUCCAGUUGUCGCUGAAUACGAGCCAAGUCCACGUGGAGCCUCUUAUGUUUUCGGCUCAAAAGCCUUGAGAACUUUCCAAAGUCGUUUGGGACUUCAACUGAUUAUUCGUGGCCAUCAAGUUGUCGAUGAUGGUUACGAAUUCUUUGAUGAAAGACGAUUGGUCACAAUUUUCUCGGCGCCAAAUUAUUGCGGACAACAAGACAAUUCAGCGGCAAUGCUCAACGUUUCCGAAGAUUUGGUGUUGGGCUUUUUCAUCUUUCGCCCAGAAUCAAGAGAUUUGGAAAAGCAGAAGAAAUGA